CUGCUCUGAGUCAUUUCUUUUGUUCCCAUAUUUGCCUCCAUGCCUUUCUCUGCUUCUUUUCUUUCUCAUCUGUUUCUCUUCCUUUCUCCCUCCCCUGAGGCCUCACACAGGACUAGGUCUGCUUCUUGCUUCUAAAGACUUCCAGUCUGGGGUUGUGGGGAGGGGGGAGGAGAAAGACCCAGACACAACUUGGUAAGGACUAAGGCAGGCAGGCAGGGACUCCCUCCUACCCGAACAGGAGGGAGUUUUGAAAUCUCUUUCCCAAGAAGGGUAUGAUGCUAUGGCUAUGCCUAGUCUCACCGUGUAGCUCAAGUUGGCCUUAAAUUCAAGACAAUCUUCCUGCAUCAGUUUCUCAAGUGCCAAAAUGACGAGCAGGUGCCACCAUGCCAAGCUUGGUCAGAUUCCGGUGAUCGUGUAAUAUUGAGAAUCCAGGACAAGAGUGGAAGCAUGCAUUCAUCCCCUCGUGAGUUCAUUCAUGCACUCGUUCAUUUCUGCAUCUGUUCAAGCAUACUUAAUGAUGGUGGAGUUUGAGAUAGGUGAACUGCAUCAGAAGAGGCCAGUGCAUCAGAAUGGAAAGAGUUGAAGUGGUGUUGGAGAUGAGCUGCAAACAGCUUCCACAGGAACUGGCUGUAGAUGAGAGGGGAAAUGGAAAGGAGGCAGAGGAUGAAGGUUGGUAUGCAUCGAGAGAGAUGGAGAAAAAAUCCAGGUCCCCCGACCUUUCUCCCUCCCCAGCUGACCUGCUCUAUUCCUGGGAGGAAGACCGAAAGUUGGUCCUACGUGGCUGGUCCCUCGUCUUCAUCGUCCUGGCAACUUUGUUGGUGUUCAGCGUGUUGGAUGGUCGGAUAGCCUAUGUGCAUGGUCCAUACACUGGCUUCAUCGGCCUCUGGAUUGACUGCAGGAGGCAUAAGUGUGCCAACGUGGGCCAAUUCACUGUUUACAUUCACAUGAGCAAGGGCUUCAUAUUUCUGGCCCUGGCACUAUGCCUCCUCCUCCUGCCCACCAUGUUCCUCUCCUUCCGACCAGUCUGCCGCCGCUUGAACAAGAUAGAUUUCAUCUUUAGUUUCCUCAGCAUUGGCAUCGGGCUCCUGAUUCUCCUCAGCCUGACGCUCUUUGUUGUCAACUGCAAUAGGCUGCGCCCGAGGCCACAGGUAUCCUACCAGCUGGCCUUCUACCUGUGCUGGUGCUCCAGCUUCUUGAUGCUGUGGGCCGGAACUUUGUCCUUCCUCAACCAAGUGCGGAUGUGGAGCUACAGUACGCCUUUGAUUGAGCGAAGGCUCAGCUACUUCCGUUGGGCUUCGAGACACCACUCAUUGCAGUUGCAGCAGCAGUCCAUUUUGGACAGGAACUUGUCUGCCCAUGAGCUGUCUGCUGUAAGCAGCUUGGAGAACUACCAGGGGACUCCCCAACAGAGCGACACUGCAACUUCUCAGGACACUGAUGAGUCCCCACGGCCAGAUGCUUUUACCUCUGUCCCUGUGGCUCAAUUUCCAUCAUCUCUCCCGUGAGGUCCCAUUCUUCCCCUGAGCGCAGGUAGCACCCUCAGGACACAGAUGGCAAGCCCUGCUCCCUGAGCUAGGGCCCACUCCUUGCUGCCUGAGUCUUGGCAGGGACCCUUCUCUGGAUGUUCUCCAAUACUCUCAGCUGUGGCCAUGUCCCUCUGAGCAGACACUGGUUUGUGGUCCCAAGAAUCAGGAGCAGUAUGGCCCUUUUCCCCAUAUGAGCUAUGCUCUGUCUCACAGGGCAUGCUCUUAAGCAUUCAUCCUUUGGUCCAGCCAUAUCAGAGACAUCUCUGUAGGAGCCCCAGGCAGACACUCCUCAGCCUAGCCUUGGGGGCAGUCCCUGACCUUCUGUGGACAGACUCCUCCCCUGGAAGUCAAGGUUUAAUUAACAUAACACCUCUGUUCCCUUACUGGCUUCUCCAACUCAAUAAAACCAGGUGAGCAGUCUAAAUUCUCAA